AUGUCUUACGACGCUUAUCGUGUAUUCGCCGCUAUAGACUUCGGGACUACAUUCUCGGGCUUCGCUUAUGCUCAUAAAUCGAAUCCAAAAGAAAUAGUCGCGCACGAUGAUUGGCAAGAUUUUACUGGUCGUUUUAAGACUCCGACAGUGAUAAAAUAUGACGAAUCAUUUAAUUUAAAAUCUUGGGGAUUUCCUGCAUUAGCCGAACGACCAAAUAAAAAAAAGAAAUCCUCCAAUGUAAAACCCGUGGAAAGAUUUAAAUUACAUCUAGGUAAAAUGGAAAAUAACAAAUCACCCCCACAAUUACCGAAAGGUCUGGAAUUUAAAAAAGCUAUCACGGAUUACCUUCGAGAAAUGGGAGAAGUUAUGAAAGAAACUUUUAAAAUUCGAUGGCAAAAUCUUGAAUUUUAUAACCAAGUUUUGAUUGUUAUGACGGUUCCGGCCGAAUUCGAUAACAAAGCUAUAGAAAUCAUGCGCGAAUGUGCGUUCAAAGCUAGUCUAAUUGACGAUAAGAACAGUCGGAAUCUAAAAUUUACAACUGAGCCUGAAGCUGCCGCGAUUCAUUGUAUGAAGGUCCUAAAAGAACAUGAUGUCGGUGUUGGUUCAACGUUUAUGGUGGUUGAUUGUGGAGGCGGUACUGUUGAUUUGACAACUCGAAAACUCUUGGAAGCUGAAAAGCUUAGUGAAAUCACCGAAAGAAAAGGCGAAUUUUGUGGAGGAAGUUAUGUUGAUGAGGAGUUUCUUAAGUUCCUUGGACGUAAAGUUGGUAAAAAUGCAAUUAAAAUGUUAACAGAUAACUAUUAUAGUCAAUUGCAAUACAUGGUACAAGAAUUUUGUAGAAGAGUUAAGAUUCCAUUCACGGGACAACAAAAAGAUUUUACCCCUUAUGACUUGGACUUAGAAGAAUUAUGUCCAAUUGUUAAACAAUAUGUUAAAGGCACUGAACUCGAUAUGAUGGAGGAUGCAGAAUGGUGUAUCGAAUUGAAAUUUGAAGAUGUUAAAUCAAUGUUUGAUCCUGUGAUAGCACAAAUCAUACGUUUAAUUCGCGACCAACUAACCGCCAACAAUAAUUGUGCAACUAUGUUGCUUGUCGGUGGUUUCAGUGAAUCUAAAUACUUACAAACAAGAAUCAAACAAGAAUUCAAUAAGAUUGUAAAGAAUAUAUCUGUACCUACACAUCCAAUGACAGCAAUUGUUAAAGGGGCCGUUCAAUUUGGAUUAAAACCUACAAUAGUUGCCACUCGUGUAUUGAAAUGGACAUAUGGAACUGAUGUCGCUCGUAGAUGGAGAAAAGGCGACCCAGCAAGUCGAAAACUUCCAGGUGGAAAAAUUAUCGAAUUUUCAAAAUUGGCAAAACGUGGGACCGAAACUCCUGUUGAUUCCGUGGUUCAAACGAUAUUUAGUCCAGGGCAUAUGUUACAAGAAAAAAUGGGUUUAGAUAUGUAUUAUACCGAUAAAAAUGAUGCAAAAUUUUGCGAUUCACCCGGUGUAAAAUUACUUGGUAAUUGGUGUAUUGAUAUACCAAUAACAUUUAAUGAUGAAAGGGUGGUGUUAUUUGCUUUAACAUUUGGUGAGAUUGAAAUUAACGCUACCGCUAUUAAUGUAGAAACUGGUGGAAAAUAUGAAACUACAUUCGAAUUAGAUAUUUAA